AUGGGAGACUGGAACCUGUUAGGCAAGCUGCUGGAGAGCGCGCAGGAGCACUCCACCGUGGUGGGCAAAGUAUGGCUGACGGUCCUGUUCAUCUUCCGUAUCCUGGUGCUGGGGUCGGCGGCGGAGAAGGUGUGGGGAGACGAGCAGUCGGGCUUCACUUGCGACACCAAGCAGCCCGGUUGUCAGAACGUGUGCUACGACAAGACCUUCCCCAUCUCCCACAUCCGCUUUUGGGUGAUGCAGAUCAUCUUUGUGUCAACGCCCACUCUCAUUUACCUGGGCCACAUCCUCCAUCUGGUGCGCAUGGAGGAGAAGUUGAAAGAGAAGGAGAAAGAACUGGCUCUGCAGAGCGAAAAGCAGCAGGAGACCCUCGGCAGUGGGGCCAAAAAGCCCGUCAAGCCCAUCAAAGACAACCAAGGUCACGUCCACUUAAGGGGAGCCCUACUUCGGACUUACGUCUUCAGCAUUGUCUUCAAGACUCUUUUCGAAGUGGCUUUCAUCGUCGCGCAGUACUUCUUGUACGGUUUUGAGCUCAAGCCAAUGUACACGUGCGACCGUUGGCCCUGCCCCAACGUGGUCAACUGCUACAUUUCCAGACCCACUGAGAAGACGGUCUUCAUCCUCUUCAUGCUGGCCGUGGCCUGCGUUUCUCUGCUGCUCAACCUGGUAGAAAUGUAUCAUCUGGGCUUCACCAAAUGCCACCAGGGCCUACGUUACAGACGUUCGAAAGCAGUCAAAGACCCCGUGAAAGCCGUCAUCCCGUUCGUCCCGGACUACGGCUAUUUCCCGGGGCGUCCCGCGGGACCCGAGCCCUUUCCGGUGGUCGCCCGGUCGGAUCCUCCCUACAGCCCGUACAGCAGCAAAGUGAUGUACAAGCAGAACAGAGACAACAUGGCCGCAGAGAGGAAAAGUAAAAGUGACGGAGAAGAGAGGUUGCCCACGGAAAGCCAGCGGAAAAGCAGCCAGUCCAGCAAAAUCAGCAACAACAGGAGUAGGAUAGAUGACCUGAGAGUAUAG